AUGGACCCGCGCAUCCGCGAAUGGCAGUUCGUCGAUCUGCCAACGGAGAAACUGUCCUGCAAUCGCAACGCCGCGGCGCCGCGCACCCCAGUGGUGCUUGUGAGCGCGGGCAGCUUCAACCCCCCGACAUACAUGCACCUCCGCAUGUGCGAAGUCGCCGUGCAGGAGCUGGCACAGCGUGGCUACGACGUGUGGGGCUGCUACCUGUCGCCUGUCGCCGAUUCCUAUGGCAAGCAGGGCCUCGCCCCGACACACCACCGCGUCGCCAUGUGCCGGCUGGCGACAGACGGCUCCCACCUCAUCAUGGUGGACGACUGGGAGGCGCGGCAGCCGGGCUACACGCGCACACUGCAGGUGCUGCGGCAUGUGCAGGCGGAGCUGGGCAAGCUGCCCUGGUGGGACGAGGCCACCGCCGCUGGCAGUGAGGCCGCUGCGCCGGCGGACGGCGCUAGCUGCAGGGACAGCAGAGGCAGCGGAGACGCAGUGGUGGCCGCAAGCAGCGGCAGCAGCAGCAGCAGCAGAAGCAGCAGCAGCAGCAGCAGCAGCCAAAGAGGACCCACUGCCGGAGCGGAUGCAACGCAGGGUGGCGAGCAGCAGCGUGUGCGUGUCAUGCUGCUGUGCGGCGCCGACCUGCUUGCGACGAUGGCGGCGCCGGGCGUGUGGAUGGAGCCCGCAGCUCUGCUGCGCGAGCACGGCGUGGUGUGCGUGGACCGGGACGGCACAGAGCUGGAGCAGCUGCUCAGCGGCAGCGGCGGCAGCAACGUGCUGAGCGAAAACCGCGAGGCCAUCAUCGUGGUGCGCGACCCCGUGCCCAACGCGAUCAGCAGCACCCGCGUGCGCGCGGAGCUGGAGGCAGGCCGCAGCGCGGCGUACCUUGCGCCCGAUGCGGUGCUGCGGUACGCGCGGCAACAUGAGCUGUACGCAGGCGGCACUGGUGGCGGCAGCUGUGGCGGCGGUCCCUGA